AUGAACCAAGAAAAUUCUUCACCAUCGGACGCAACAGUCACAGCAAUAGUUCCGUCAAACAGCAUACAAAAGUACACGUCGGUGCCACGCCACUUAUUGUCCAACAGCAUGCCCACUACUCAUCUACAAACCGAGCUCUAUGUUAAACUUUUUGAUGACAAAAAAAUAGAACAUAUCGGGUCCUCUGGGAAUUCUGAGAAGAGUCUUCCCGAUGCCAUUCGACAAUAUACAAGAAAAUUGACCGGCCCGCAGAUGGGCAAGCUUCGUGGUCCACUAGAAGAUAAAAUCAAGUUUCUGCAGGAGGCUGAAGAAAAUGUUCCUCCGAUCUUUGAGCUGCAAGGAGCAGACGCAAAAGCUGAGUGGGAAAAGAUAUUAAAAGUAGCGGAAGAGAUUGGGAUCGAGGGGGCAGCAGCGGGCUGGCAAAAGCUCGCUGAGCUCAAUGUGCCUGAGCACGAGGAGACGGAAUCCCCACCUGCAAGCCGGACGCAAGAUGCGACCGACAAUGAUGCGGAAAUGGACUUAGACGAAGGCGAAGCGCAAACUGAGAGACAGGACAGAUCACCGUCAGAUACUGAACAAGAUGACGAAGGCGACGAUACCGAAGACCGAGACUCAACAAACACAACCAAGAAUGCCGGGCAUCAGUAUAUUCGGGGAGAGAGGCAAGGUUCAUCUGGGGACUUUGUGCAGUAUGAGAUUGCCAAUGUUCCGUGGGGCGUGGAGGGGCUGAACGGGCCCAGAUGGCCAUGGUUAUCCUGGAGGUUAGCCGAUGGUGGUGUACUCUUGGCCCAGAAAAAGACCCAAAUUCAAGGAAAGGGUGAUAACAAGAUAAGUUACUACGUCGUCGAGUAUCAAGUGGAUGAGAAUGGGAAACGGCUGUCGGUGAAUGCGGCCAAAAAAGCCCAAGAAGAUGGAUCGGCUAUCUUCUACCAACGGCGGUUGACCAGAAAAGAAGAAUACAAGACCGAGAUCGCCGAUUGGGAAAAGGAAAAGAAGAAGGGACCAAAAUGUGUGUUCGAUGCUACCGGUGAAGAAAGAAAGGCCUCGAACUUUACCUUCCAGAGGCUGGAGUUUGUGGCUCCGCUGAGGCCCGCCACUGAGAAUGUGAGUCUAGAUUUCAGGUCCGGUCAGCUGGAAUGCUGUGUGCGCGUCAAGGAGCGCAGGAACCCCCUUUUCUUCAACUCCACAGAGUUCAAGAAAAUGGUAACGCCCAAGAGGGCCCAGCAGUUGAUUGGCGAGAUCUGUAGCAGAGAUAAGAUCCCCUCGCUACCCCUUCCCGCCAAAAAGAAAACCGAACUGAACGAGGCAUGUUCCGACAACGAAGAAGAGCUGAAGCGCCGGCGCGAGAAGAGAGUGUCGCGACCUACUCGGAGUCAGGCCUCGACCGAAGAUCUUUCAAAGCAAACGGUCGAAGCGUUGGUGGACCAAAAGCUCGCCGACUUUAUCAAAACAACCCCAACGCAGACUGCGGAUGAAGAGGGCAUCACGAAAAGGUUACAGGAUUACACCGACAAGAAAUUAGAUGAGAUGAAGAAAACUCUCGCAAAGGAUAUCGGUUCAAGCAUCGCCGAGGAAGUAGCAAAAGCAACAUCUGCCCUGGAAGCCAAGAUGCAGGCGAAGCAUCCGGCGCCUAAUAACAAGCACACAGAGUCUGUGCUACGCAAACUCUCUGAGCAAAUGCAGGGGAUAUCGCAAGCGUGGGAGGAGAUGAAGAAUAAACCCAGCGUUGAGCUCGCCGAUAUCAACAAAAUUGUGGCGACGGAAGUCAGGAAGGGGUUAGAUGAGCAUGAGCGACGUUGGCGGGAAGAUAGUGCCGUGGAAGUCACACCAGAGCCCAUGAGCAGCUGA